CAGCAAUCUGAUCAAAAUGGUGUUCAAAACUGCAUUGUUCAUUUUCGCUGCUGCAGCAGUUAAUGCUAGCAAUGAUAAUUUAAUUGCUGUUGUACAGGUGUUCAGACAUGGCCAAAGAACACCAAAUGAGUUCUUUCCAACUGAUCCAUAUGCUGAUUUAAACGAAUAUUGGGCAGGAUUAGAUCAUGGACAAUUAACAAAUGAAGGAAAACGACAACAUUACAAUCUGGGCCAAUUUUCGAGGAAAAGAUACGCAGGCUGGUUACCUGCAUCAUACAACAAAAAAGACAUCUACGCCCAAACCACCGAUGUGGAUAGAACUCACAUGUCAGCUCAAGCGAAUUUGUACGGGCUCUAUCCAGCUACUGGUACCCAAGUAUGGCGCAAAAAUGUUAACUGGCAACCGAUACCUGUACACCCAGCUAACCAGAAAGCCUUCGCUUCGAUCCCUUUAGAUUGCCCGAAGUAUUUUACCGCUAUAGAGGAGGUCAGUUCCAGCGAGGAAUUCACCAACCUCGAUAAAACCUACGCCAGUGUGUACCAAUACAUUUCAGAACACACCAAUACGCCCAACAUUACAUUGUCGCACGUUGGCCAACUGUGGGACGCUCUUCUUAUCGAAGACCUAGUUGGGUAUUCCCUACCAUCCUGGACUUAUUCCGUCUAUCCACAGCCAAUUGGAGCUCUAACGGCGAAAUAUUUUGAACUAUUCUGUUACAAUCAAGUGUUGCAACAAAUAGUGGUGGGAUUGUUCUACAAGAAAACGCUGGAUUAUUUCGACGAAAUGCUCGCUGAUCCGACCUCAUCGCCUAAAUAUCAAAUGUACAGUGGACACGAUACUAAUGUAUACGCUAUAUUGAACACAGUGGGUUACAAACCGUCGGUACCGGUACCAUUUGCCGUGUCCCUUUGGUUCGAAUUGAGGCGAGUAAACUUCGUAAACGUGGUGAAUUUGUGGAUGAAAUCUGCCGAACAAUUCACCCAGUUGAGUAUUAAAGGAUGCGCCUUGGAUUGCCCUCUAACCGAAGUGAAGAAGCUUCUUAGCGAUGUCACGAUCGACGAAGAAACUUACGACAGCAUAUGCAAUAGUACUGCUUAAAUUUGUAUUAAUAUAAUCUUUUGAAUAAAUGGUGCACAUGC